ACUUCUGACCUAAACAACUCCUAUCUUUUGUCUACGCUUGUUCUUGUUGGUUCUUUGGCCGAAUGCUCGUUUUCGUUAAAUAUUUGAAGUAUUGUAAGUUGAAAUGGCUACCGAAGUUCUGAAAACGUUCAGUGCUUUACAGGAUGAGCUGCAGAAAGCCAAAGAAGGUCUUCGGAAUGUGGACAGUCACAUAAAACGGAUUAUUGGGAGGGACCCCGAGGCCCAGCCUCCAGGACAGGGUCCGCCUAGGCCCGGACAGAAGAGACCUGCCACUCAAAAUGAUGAUUUUUAUGCUAGAGGGAGAGGAUCUUUUCAAAUGGGCGGAGGAAGGGGUAGAAUUGGCCAUCCUGGACGGCCGCAGGAGGAUGAAGGACCUCCCGGAAUUCGCAGGAGGCUGGGAGAUGGACCUGGCAAUGUUUUCAGCAGAUUGUCUGGACCUCCUAUAAAACACAUCAAAAAGGAAAAGGAUGAUGAGUUUCCUGGGCCCUUCUCAAAGUUUUACAGGAGAGAGGAACAGGAAGAAGAGGAAAUAGAAGAAGACGAUGCUCAAUUUAAACCUGCCAUUAGUUCUCGUGUAAUUCCUCAGACCCGUGAACUUCCGUCUAAGGAGGUUAUACUAGCUGCUCAGGGUGAUGAGCGAAGUAAAGCAAGAAAUAGACGAAUGUUUGGAGCCCUUUUGGGAACCCUUCAGCGGUUUCGACAAGAAGAAACAAGGAUGAGGGACCGGGAAGACAAACGAGCAGUAGUUGAGAAAAAGCUUGAAGAAGCUGCAAAACGGGAAAAAGAAGAGAUGAAAAAAGAACGUCAAGAAUUGUUUCUUGACAGACGCAAAAAACAGCAGGAAAUUCGCCGCAUUGAGACCAAAAUUCAACGGGUCAAAGAACAAGACCAGUGGGAAGCUAGGCAUAGACCCUUAUUGAAUUUUAUUCAAACAAAAGCAAAGCCAUCAAUUUUCUAUUUACCAAAAGUUCAAAAUACAAAGACUGAGGAAAGGCUUGUUGCCAGUCAAAAGGUUAUCGCAAAAAUAAUGGAGAAGAAAAGAACAGCUCUCCAGGAGGAAUUAGAGCGUCUGGAAGGCAACGUCCAGGUUAAGACUGAAAAUGCUGGGGAACAACAUUUUGAAGAUGAAGAAGAAGAGGAAAUGAACACGGAAAAUGGACCUACGGAAGACAAUGAAGAAUUGCAGGAGGUUACUGGUGACAGCCCUGUUGAAAAUAAGGAGAACAGAAUACGUUUUGCAAAUGUGAAAGUGGAGAAAGACUCUGAACCUGUGCAGUCGGACCCUGAAGAUAAGCAGAGGGAAGGUGACCAUUCUACUGACAAUCACAGACAACCUUCAAACGUGAAACGUGUACGAGAAUCAAGAGAGAACCUGCACGAUCGCCCGAAAGAUCGGCAGCGACGUGAUCCUCAGGACGACCGCGACAGAGCGAGAGAGAAGGAGUCGGCGCGAGAACGGGGGAAAGAAAGGGACAGAGGAAAUGAAAGAGACAGGGAUAGGAUGCGGGAAAGAGGUUCAAGAAUGAAAGCGCGGGUGGAGGCAAAGAAAGAGGAGGAGGAAAAGUGGGACAGAAAAAGAGAGAGGCAUAAUAGCAGUGAUACUAAUGCAAUGGAAGAGGAGGAUGAGGCUGAUGAUAAUUCUGCUAUCCCACCACCCGAACUGAGCUCUAUAUCACUACCAGGUGAACAGUCUCCAUCUUUUAUGCAGCCUGAGUUGGGUGAGCUAGAUGACGCUUCAGAAUGACCGCAUAAAGAACUUUAAAAGGAGUCAUGCAUUUGUAUUUACCUUGUUUGCAUUUGUCUUACCUUGUUUAAAAUCGGAAUGAAUGAUGGUCAAUAUUUGAAUCUGUUUCAAACAACAUGUGGACUUUUUUUUCCCAUUCAAAGAUGUUGAUCAAUUGGGUAGUCCAUAGUUGUUCAUUUUAACGCACCUUUUUUUAAAAUGUACCCUCAAUUUUCAAAUAAUUAUUAAUUAUUUUGGAUUUCAGCUGUUUUUCAAUUACAGUAAUGAUUUGUGUUCAUCCAUCUUACGUACAGGCAUGGUAUUUUCCUUUUAUAUAUAUAAUUGUAGUCACAUUUUUCAUGUAUUAUCUGUCAGUUGUGUGUUCUCUGGAAUUUGGAAUCAGCCUAUUGAGAUCAAACACCAUGUAAAUUUGAAAUACUUCCACUUUUGCUUUGAAUUUCUUGACUUUAAUUUCUUAUCUUUUUACAUGUUUUUGACUAUGAAGGAUAUGGAAAAUUCUUGGCCUUCUUGUCAGUCUUGUCACCUGUUAAUUCUAUUUUAGUCACUAAUCAAAGGGCAGUGAGGUGUGAAAUAAUUUUUUUUAGUAAGUUUCGUACAGUUGCUUUUAAACUGUGUCUCUUCUCUUUGCUGUGUUGUUACCAUUUAUAUUUGUUCAAUGAAAACAAAAACAGUAGUUUUAAGGGUGAGAUAACUUUUGUUUUAGUUUAAGUUAAAUUUAAAUGGAAGAAAUACUAUGAGUUCUGUGAUUGUUUUGAUAGAAUGAUCAUGUGUGUGUACUCAGCGGUACUGCUUAAUACGCACAUUUGUAACUGCUGAAAUAGAUAAAUGUGUGCAAUACAAUUGAGCAAUUGCUGUUUACAAGGCCCCUAGGGGCCCCAAGGGUGCCCUACGUGUAUGUUAUUAUACCUCCAAUAUAUCUCAAAACUUA